UUAAUCUGUUCAGCCAGUCUUUUACAGUUCUUGUAAGCUAUUUUCCUUACGAGUUUUUUGUUCAUGCCACUAGCAUUUUAAUAUAUCUCCACUAACAUAAUAAUGACAUUGAUUCUUCAAAUAGUUUUACACUUUUUUUACAAAAGAGCAAUUUAUAAAAGACUUGAAAACAAAAUAUAGCGAUGUUAGUGCAUUUUGGUUUGCACCUGGUGGAAAUGGUGGAAUUAUGGUAAGUCCUCAAGUGAAUUGAUGAAAAUCGUAUUGCUUUUAUUGGUACUUUGAGUUAGCGAUUACUAAUUCAUAUCUCCUAUUCAACAAAAUAAUAGUCCAUGAAUGGAAUUUUAAAAAUAGAUAGAGACUUUAUUGAUCAUUUUCCUUCUACAUUGAAAGUCAUUGCCACAUCUUCCAAUGGAUAUGAUCAUUAUGAUAUCGACUAUCUAACUAAAAAAGGAAUAAUUUUCUGUAAUACUCCAUCUUUGGCUGCUGAUCAAGUUGCCGAUUUAGCAUUAUAUUCCACAAUAUCAGCCUUUCGAUUCACCUCAAUUGUUGAGAAUAACUUUAGAACCUCUUUGAAUGCAGCUGGAAACGCAUUCUUGUCUAGAAAAGAACUAGAAUCUGAUUCGUUUGACAAUGAAACUGGUAUGCCUGUUUUAAAGCCAAACUUAGCUAGCACACCUCCCUUUUUUUCAUUAGGUGAUUAUAUUGGAGGCAAAAGAGUCUAUUCAUUGGAAAACAGAAUUGCUGGGAUUGUUGGAUUGGGAGCUAUUGGGAAAUUCCUAGCAUAUAAACUAAAUCUGGUUGGAAUGAAAAUUCAUUAUACAAAAACAACUGAACUCACCAAAGAAGAGCAUUUAAAUUUUCACUUUCCAUUGACUUAUCAUCAAUCAUUUGAAGAUAUAGCUAAGGUUUCGGAUAUUUUAAUAUUUUGUCUUCCAUUAACCAAAGAGACUAAGCAUUUACUAAGAAAAGAAACCAUUGGCCUAUGUAAAGAUGGUGUUAAAAUUGUUAACAUUUCCAGAGGCCAAAUAAUUAACGAAAAUGACUUAGUUGAAGCUUUAGAAAAUGGAAAAAUCAGUUAUGCUGCUUUAGAUGUUUUUGAGAAUGAACCAAAUAUUCAUCCCAAAUUAUUAAAAAGAUGGGAUUGUACAAUAACACCCCAUAUCGGCAGUUCAACAGUUGAAAAUUUGCAGCUUAGUGCCCAUUGCUGUCAAAAUAACAUUUGCGACAUUCUAUUAAAAAAUGGACCAGGAAUUACAAAUAUAAACAAGUUAGCUUGAAUUGCUUUAUUAGAUUAAUUCAAAAUAGAUUAAUAUUAUUAGAUAUAUAUAAACAUUUGCAAAAAUUGUAGAAUAUCAAAAUAAACAGGUAGC